UUGCUCACCUGUCCCGUAUUCCACCAUGAGAAAUCUGGUCACCCUACCAAUGAGAGAAUUAAAAAGACAGGCAUUUUCUCCUGAGGUGGUCAGUCACUGUGCUGCCAACAGUGGCUUUGAAGAAGUAAAAUGUUGGGUGAGACGCUCCGGAAAACUGCUGACAAUAGAGUAGCUUUGAAAACUAAAUACUUUGAGGAUGGAUGCCCUCUAUGACCUGUUUUUUGGUUCUCUUUGAAAGCUGAACAUUUUCAUCUCCACAGCCAAUGUCUGAAAACCUUCUAAAAUUCUCUCUAGAUCUAGAUUUUGAAAGAAAAAAAAAUGUGGGCUUAUUUUUGAUAAUAAGAAAAGAAGGCUUUCAAUAUCUGCCUUUACAAAAAAUUUACUUUAUCUGACAGUCCAGUUUAGCUCUGGGUUUGAAUACAUAGGCUUACAUUUCAUUGUAGGAUAUACAAAUAGCAGUAGGCCUACAUCAAAAAUGUGCAGGUUACCUGAAUGCACAGUAUUCAUAAAACAGUAGCCUACAUACAGUAGAUGACGUACUAUAUCAGGGGUGUCCAAACUCGAUCCUGGAGGGCCACUGUCUUGUAGAGUUUAGCUCCAACUUUAGCAACAAACCUGCCUGGAAGGUUCUAUUAUGCCUAGUAAGACCUUGAUUAGAUGGUUCAGGUGUGUUUAAUUGGGUUGGAGCUGAACUCUGCCAGACAGUGGCCCUCCAGGAGCAGGAUUGGACACCCCUGUACUAUAUCAUAGGCUGCAUCCGAAAACUGGAAAAUGUUGCCUUAGGAGGACACAUUUCAAGGUAAGAAGGCAUCAAGGCACGUCCGAAUUCAAUGUUAGCUUCACUUCCUGUUUCCUGAGAUACCUUCAUCUGAUCGAUUUUUGAAGACAACAUAGAUGUAUCCUUCGCUGCCUUUGAUAUCCCACAAUCCUGUGCUUUCCAUUCUGUGACAGCUGAGCUAGAAAAAUAAAUAUGGCGUCCAAAAGUUGCGUUUGCUGUUCAGUUUUUGACUAACAUUUUCCACUACUGAUGUCAUUUCUAGCGAGAAUUACUACUGUAGUAAUUUGUUUUGUUCUCAUCUAUUUUGCUGUAGAUCAUUAAACUGUUACGCUGCCUCAGAAGUCUGUCCGAAAUCAGUUUCGUGAGGUACCUUCAUGCACAAACGCUGCCUUACAAAGCAUUGCCUGAAAAGGCAGCAGGUCAGCUGCCUAGGUUUUCGGAUGCAGCCAUAGUUUAACAUAAUUCAGACUAGACCACAGGCCUACUUCAUUGAUGGUCAAAAACCCUUUUUACUUUAAGGAACUUAUCACCAAUACUAAUAUUUCAAGUGCCUCAAAACUUUUCGUUUUGGUUAUAAACUAUUGGCUGCUUAAGUUCUUGCAGGAAAUUAUGGAUUCCAUUUUGUAAGCUCUUCUGAAAACUCAAGGGUCCGAGGAGCUCUAAAAUUUAGAGUCUAAAUGGUAGCUUGACGACUGUUUUCUUCUAUAGAUAACCGUGAUUCUUUCACAUACAGUCAAGACGAGGAAAUGCACGCAUGAAUUCAUAACAUAUACACACAGAGAGAGAGAGAGAGAGAGAGAGAGAGAGAGAGAGAGAGAGAGAGAGAGAUGUAGUAAGAGGCGGGGAUCAACGGCGCAGGAGCGAAACGGAAAAUCCGUCUUCGACAAUAAGCAUCAGUCUCCGUGCCGAUCUGAAGCUGUUUUACGGACACGUCGAUCUUAUAUGCAACAGUAUUUUUUUAAAGAGGGGAAUCGAGCAGAAACAAGAUGUUUUUGUAUAAGAGUUAGAAGUGGAACUUGAGUAGCCGAAGUCUUGGGCGUAUCUCCACUUUUGUUCAUUUAUUUUCGAACUGAAAAACAGCCGACGCUGAGCGCAUCUGAUCUUCCCCGAGCGCUCGGUGCUGAUGAGGGCUUUGUCGGUGUGAUCCGUGCGCGAUGGCCGCUUCGGGCGGACAGAAGAGUGAGAAGUUAGAUGAAGCUCAGGCUCUAGCGAGGAGUUGCGCAGGGCGACCGGACUUUCUGCCCUGCGAUGGACUAUCCAUCUGCGCCACACACAGCCACGGGAAGUGUUUCAAGCUGCACUGGUGCUGUCAUCUGGGCUGGUGCCACUGUAAAUACGUCUACCAACCCAUGACCAGUGUAUGCCAACUUCCCAGCACACCGGUUCCAGUUGCCCCCUCAGGUCACAGCCACACCAUGAACCUGUCCAUCUCCCUGGCUGAGCGCUUUCUCAGGACGGCUCCCAAGUUCCGGGCUCCACCCUGCCCAGAGUCUCCCAAGUUCUGUGUCAUCUCUGACCUCUUUGUGGAUGAUUACAUGGUCAAACGUAUCAACGGUAAGAUGUGUUAUGUGCAAAGGCCGCCUCCACCUACACCAAAUCCCACACACCAACCCCAAACGCCGGCAUCUCAACCUGCACCCCAACGUACCAACAAGCACAGAGGGCAAGCCGGCCCAACUGUUAAACACGGCCAACCAAACGAGAAGAUCUCAGGCCCUAAAAUGGACCACUGCUCCUCUCCCUCCAGCUCAGAAGACUCUGGAAUUAAUGCAUUGGGUCUGCACUACAUGGAAUCAUGUGAUGAGGACUCCUGCGUGGAUGAUGAUGACGAGGAAGAAGAGGAUGACGACCUGAGUACCGAUGGGGACUCCAGUCCCGGUAGCCUCUGGGACCAGGAUGAGUGCACUUUACUGUCACCGUCCAAAUCAAUGGUUGAGAUCAUUGAGAAGAUUGAGACUACGGUUUGACGUGCCUGUCAGUUAAUGCCACAGUUGAAAUUCUUUAGUCACGGAAACACUUCCCUACACUAUCCUAUCUACAGGUGCAUGAGUUCAAUGAGCCAGUGAAAGCACACACUCCCUGUUAUGGCAAUGCCAUCCGAGGUUGUCCCAGAAAACCCCUCGAGAGAUGAGUCAUGGAGACUUCUCUCCUGUUCUUACUACAACUCUCAUUUUCCCUAUAGUCUGUUACGCAUGGUGAGGCUAAUAUAGGUCACACUCAAGAAAGUGCGCUGACAUACACAUAUUGUGAGGACUCUGACCAAAUAGGACUCAAUACAUGAUAGAAUAUUUCAUGGAUGAACAGAUGUAUCAAAGUCGAACUCAAAAGUAUGAGGCUACCCAGGGUAUGUCUCUCCCUAGAGAGCUCAGCCACACUUUGUUCAAUGCAUAGAAGCGGAAGAGGGGAUGGCUGAUGCAAUAUGGAGAGAUCUAGACUAAGACAGUCGCUGUGGAGAGUGCUACAAAGAUAGGAGGAGAAAGAGUGAGGCAGAGAAAGAGAGGCUUUCAAUGUCCUGAUAGCAGGAUCAGUUAGAACAGUGACUAAAUCAUGCAUGAGCUCAGAGAACAGUAAUGAAACUUUGCGAUGAAAGGCGAUUGAAGCUCCGUGCUUGAGGGAAUGCCCUUUCGCUCAAAUUCUCUCACACACAGAAAUUCCCUACUGGCUCAGCCAAGGGUACAUGAGGGUUUCUUGUCUGUAACCAGACUAUGUGUGGAAAGACCAAUCCUCCCAUCCUCAUAGUCCUCAAGGUUUUUAGCUUCUUUGGGUAUGGAAUACAACGUUUUGACAAUCAGUUAUAGAAAAAGUAGAUUUAAGGUAAAGUUGAGUCUUUUUCUCCCAGGAACCUCAUUGUGAUGGACAUUUGUUCCAUUUUGUCAAGCGCCUGUACCACUUUAAAGUAUGUUGUGUUACAUUGACAAAGCCAAAGGUCUGCUUAGGGGCUGUUCACACAAGGGACAGGGUCUUGCAUCCAUCUGCUAGACAGAUGUUAUUUGUCCUUACAGAACAUCUCGCUGUUUUUUGUUUUUGUUUUUUUCCGGCAGGAGAAAAAAAGUCAUAUUUGGUACGACAUGAAGGUCAGUAAAUGAUGACAGAAUUUUUGGACGUACUAUUCCUUCAAUAUGCCACAUCAAGUUAUGACUGUUUUAAAACAGAGCAAAUCUGAGGAUUUAGGCAGGAUAUGUUCAUAUAAAUAUGGACAAGUCUAUUGAAGGUUUAUAUUAAGAACAAUGUAGAGAAAUUAAUGCUCCAGUAACAUUUACAUUCAUGCAUUUUGGAUAUACUGUUUCCAAAGCUUGCAUUACAUUCAAAGUAUACUUUUUUUUUUUUUUUUUUGAGUUUUUUUCAGUGCUUUCCAACAGAAUCAAACCCAUGGCCUUGGUGUUGCUAGUGCCAAGCCUGGUCAGGAAUACUAUAAACCAGCCUUCAGGUCAGUUCAGUUGCCCCUGUCUAGCUGAAUUUAACGCAAGAACACACUCUGUGUGAAGGGCCCCUUAGUGUCACUGAAAUCACAUCUUUGAGACCUUCACUGGCUGCAACAGUUUCAGUUUUUCUUUAGGGUCUAAGAACAUUUACUUCAUUCAGACUUGACAUAGCAGCUACAGGUUUCAUUUAAUCCUUGUAUUCAAGUUCAUCUUAUUAUUAUUAUUGAGACCACAAAUAAAACCUCUAAAUACCCAAGCACAGUUAUAGACUGGCCCUAAAUGCAGACGAAAAAAAGUAUGUCAGGACCUGUGUGUCAAAAAGUGCUUCUUUACCCCGGUUUGUUAAGCACAUUCCAAUGUGUUUGUUUUCUGUGAGGACUUGACUUAGGUGUCAGCCAUAUUGUAGACCCAAUCCUGUUCCCAGAGAUCUACCUACCUGCAAAACUCAGCUCCUACCUACCUGAUCAAACACAACUGAACCAGCUAAUUAAGAUCUUCAGGAGCACUUGAUAAUAUAAUAACCCCUGUUUUAGACAAAGACUUCAUCCGAAAUCGCACACUUUACUACUAUAUAGAAGGCAGGAAAAAAAUAUGUGACAAAAGAAGUAUGUCUGAAUUCACAGUACUCAUAAAAGAGUAAGCAAAAAGUACCCAGAUGAUCAACUAUUUCGGUGAGAUUCUGUAGUGUGCAUAUGAUGGACACUUUACUAUCCCAUUAGGCCACGGGAGAGGAUUUGUGAAUGGCAGUGAAGUGACGCAACUGAUGCUGGUAGGUCACGUUAUAAUGACAACAUGGCGGAUGUAGUACAUCUGGAUUACAUUCAUACUAUUAGAACAUACUUUUUUAGUGGUUGUGAAGUAAUUACUUAUUCAAAAUAAGUACCUACUCAGUGUGAUUUCAGAUGAAGCCUAUGAUCCCACUGCUGUCACUGCUGAGGUGGAAUACAGUCCUACGUGAAAUUAAAAUAAUUGCACAGAGAAUUCACACAUCAAUGUCUUGCUCCACAUUUUUAAAGGGAUUACAACUGUGUUAAUCAAAAAAAGUUAUGACAGUAUAUUUGCUAAUUAUGGGGCUACGAGCUGAGACUGCCAAGGAUGUACUUGCUGGAUGAAAACCAAUUGAACCUUUUUUGAUGAUCCAACCUGAUUUAUUUCAAGUUAUGGCUCAAAAUGUGACACUAGCUUACAGUUUGCCAAACCUAUGUAAUAUAUAAGCACAUAUGUAACUUCACUGCCUGAACAAAAUUAUCAAAUUUAGAGUUAUGCUGAAAAUCUGAUGGAAACUGAUCAUCACUGAAGGACCAUAAUCUAUAGAUGGUGCAGGUGUGAUUCUCUCCUUGUUACAGAAAGAAUGAAUAUGACUAUCCCUGUCUCUGCAGUUUCAUAUCAGGGACUGAUACUGUAGCCACAAAUAUAUACUGUAGAUACACAAAUGUUUAGCAAAUAUACCCAUUUUCUCCUUCUUUUUCUUAUAUCAAUUAUGGUAACUCACCUCUUAUUUUUUUUUCUUAUAAAGAAAUAUUGAAAAUAAGAAA